GAUCUCAAAUUAAAAGAGGAUAAGAACCAGCGUCUCCAGAAUGAAUUGAGACAUCUUCUAGAAUCAUUGGCGAUACUUCUUAGUUCCCCAGGAAAAUACGUAGAAUCUCAAGAAGACAGCAUAAAAAACAGAAUACGAGAACUACUGCAGGAUAAUAAAGAAAAAUCGACGUGCAUAAGUGACUUGAGAGAGAAAGUGUCUUUAUUGUCACAACAACUGAAUCGACAAACAGAGCUCUAUGAUCAAGCUAAUAAUCGCCUCCAAUUAUUACAAGAAGAAAAGAACCUUCAAGAAUCUCGCCUUCAUAAAGUGGAAGCUGAUCUAAAUGCAGCAGAGUUGUCACAAGAUGCUUUGCGCAGGGAUAAAAAUAUUUAUAUGACAUUCCUUGAGAGACUUGGUAGAGCCAUGCAUGUGGAUGAAAUAUCCAAAGAAGUUGGAAUGGAUUUACACACUGAAACAUUACUGGUUCGAGCUGAGCAACUUGCUAGACUGGAAAGCGACAAGUUAAUAGAUAAGUACUGGUGGACAUACAGCACAUUCCCACGCUUGCGGAGGGAACGUUCAUACCAUGAUCUUCCUCUCCGAGAAGUAAGAUGUGCUCUUCUAAGAAUUUCCUCACUUGGAUUUCUUGAAGCACUUUACAGUGUUCAGAAACAUGAACUGCUUGUUAUCAUGGCUUUACCUGUGAAAAUGAACAGUAAU